CGCUGGCCGCACUUCCCGUCCUGGAGAGAGUGUAAUAUGGCGAAGACCUACGAUUACCUGUUCAAGCUGCUGCUGAUCGGGGACUCGGGGGUGGGGAAGACCUGUGUCCUGUUCCGCUUCUCCGAGGACGCCUUCAACUCCACGUUCAUCUCCACCAUAGGAAUUGACUUUAAAAUUAGAACAAUAGAGCUCGAUGGCAAGAGAAUCAAACUGCAGAUCUGGGACACAGCGGGCCAGGAGCGCUUCCGGACCAUCACCACUGCCUAUUACCGGGGCGCCAUGGGCAUCAUGCUGGUCUAUGACAUCACCAACGAGCGCUCCUUUGACAACAUCCGCAACUGGAUCCGCAACAUCGAGGAGCACGCUUCUGCAGACGUGGAAAAGAUGAUCCUGGGGAACAAGUGCGAUGUGAAUGACAAGAGACAAGUGUCCAAGGAGCGGGGAGAGAAGCUGGCGCUCGACUACGGCAUCAAGUUCAUGGAGACCAGCGCUAAGGCUAAUAUCAAUGUGGAGAAUGCAUUUUUCACACUUGCCAGGGACAUCAAAGCCAAAAUGGACAAAAAGCUGGAGGGCAACAGCCCGCAGGGCAGCAGUCAGGGUGUGAAGAUCUCCGCGGACCAGAAGCGCAGUAGCUUCUUUCGCUGUUCACUCCUGUGAGGCCCCGGGGCUCCCGGACCCCGCUAUCCCGGGACCCGCACCCUGGCCCAGCCACCGGACGCAGCCGAGAGGUCAUCACCCGCGACCCAGGACCUGGAACCAGGACAUGGCCUCCAGCCUCCGGCCUCCCACAGGCGAGGAUACGAGGGACUUGCAGCCCAGGCCCGCCGACGGUGACAGUGGGGACAGCGACGCUCCAGCCUUCGAACUGAGCCUGCAGGGCAGUGAAGUGGGGCACAGGCAGGGCCCUGCUCUGCCCCAGGCGCCCGGCCGGACGCCGUGGUUUCUACCUGAGAUUUAUUUUUCCAGACCCACCCCAUCCACCCCGGCCCGGACCCGGCCCGGACCACACGCGGCUGGUGGACAGCACCACUGCUCGGGCCUGCCCGGCCCAGCCCCUCAUCUCCUUUUUUUGAAUUAAAAGCAUCAGCCAGCA